AUGCGACCCUCUAUCACCUCGCCUGCCGUGCGCGAUCUUUCUCGGCUUUGUGUCCGGUGUCAACUCCGAGUUCGCCGAGCAUCAACUCUUACACCCUCAUAUCGACCCUCUGCGGCAGCAACAUCUACACAGCGCCAUGUAGCUCCCGCAGCGGUCUUCCAGGGCCCAACAGAGCCCUUCGCCUACGUCCGCUCCGUAUCCAGUGCCGCACAGUCUGAGUCUCGGCCGUCCUCCAGCGCACCACCAUCCACGCAUUACCACCUUUUCCCUGAGACUCUUCCAGAUGGUCCCCCUCCGGCGGGUCACUUCCCUAUCGACACACGCGCCUUGCGCCGUGAGUUCCUCCGUCUGCAGGCCCGUGCCCAUCCGGAUAUGCACCCGGCGCGAGACAAGGUCCGCGCAGAGGCUACGUCGGCGCUCAUAAACGAGGCUUAUAAGACGCUCUCCAACCCUCUUCUGCGAGCGCAAUAUCUGCUCUCCCUGCGAGGCGUGGAUGUUGCCAAUGAUGAGACUCUGAAAGUGGAAGAACCUGAAUUGUUGAUGCUCGUGCUUGAGGCGCGCGAGGAGAUCGAGGAUGCUGAGCACGAGGAGGAUCUGGACGAACCUCGUGCCGCCAAUGAUGCGCGCAUCGCAGAAAGCGAACAAAUUCUAGAGCGCGCUUUCCAGAAUGACGAUAUCGAGGCUGCCAAGCACGAGGCUGUGCGUCUUCGUUAUUGGGUCAACAUCAAAGAGAGCCUAGAUGACUGGGAGAGGGGCAAAGAUGUUGUCCUGCAGCAUUAG